UGGUCAAGGCCCGGCAGGGCGUUGUCAUGGGCAAAAGCGGUGCUGGGUCCAGCAGCCGCUGCUUGUGAGCGUUUCCAGGUCCUAGUAACAAGUAUUACUUGCUAAGGGUAGGGUUUCCUCCUGUCGGUGUCGUGGCAGGUCACACCCGAAAGCAGGAGCUCUGUGGCCUUGUCCGUAUAUAGAAGAUCAACCAAGAACAGAAGGAAAAAAGGAAAGUGGCACUCUCCCUGAUUUAGACCUGAAGAGCAGAGACUUGGCAAGAUUAAGUGCUUCUGCUAUCGCAAAGAGCUUAUGUUAAAGCGAGUAUUAGUUGCAAACUGCAGUGUUACUUCCUCCAGGUGUCCCUAGCAGUUCUGCGUGUGUUGGGUUUUGUAGUGGUGUGUGGAAGAGAGGGAGCUAACCCAGUCAGUUUGCCUGCAUGGUACUAAAUUAAACUUUUAGUCUAUCUGCAGCUGAGGCCUUCACCUCUGGAGGCAUCCGUUGUCUGCCUGGGUGAUAUGAAGAGCUGAGAUGUCAGCUUUAAUAACUAACAUAAAGAAACAUUCGUGUAAAGGGAAGAGGAUUUCGGUGCCGUCAAGCUCAUUGUAAGAGAUAACUUGUUGCAUGCUUUUUCUGUAUGAGCUUGUUCCUUUAGCGGUAGUUACUGGCUGGAAGAACGCAUGCUUAGCUGAAAGUUUGGUAUGGUAAAUAGAAACGUGUUCAAAUAGAAUCUGCGUUCCAAUAUUUCAAAUGCUAUUGUCAUCUGCUAUCUUAGUGGUUUUUUUCUCUUUUCUCGGUAAGAGUCAUAGUCACGGUGCUACAAAGUAUGUCCCCCCUCAAGUGAGAAAAGCUCAGGAAGCACUGGAUGACAAAAAAAGAGAAGAAUUGGGAAGGCUGAAGAAAAUGGUGAAUGGUCUCAUUAAUAGGUUGAGUGAACCAAAUUUGUCCUCCAUCAGUGGACAGCUGGAAGAGCUCUAUAUGGCCAACAGUAGAAAGGACAUGAAUGAAACUCUGACAGAUAUUCUUAUGAAUGCUUGUGUUACUGCAGUUGCAAUGCCUGCAAGAUUGAUGAUGGAGCAUGUCCUUUUGGUCAGCGUUCUUCAUCAUACAGUAGGAAUUGAGGUUGGUGCUCACUUCUUGGAAGCUGUGGUGAAGAAAUUUGAUGAACUGUAUAAAAGUGAUGCUGAAGGGAAAGAAUGUGAAAAUCUAUUUGCCUUGGUUGCCCAUUUGUAUAACUUCCACGUAGUUCAUUCCCUCCUAAUCUUUGAUAUUCUGAAGAAGCUUGUUAGCACAUUCACAGAAAAGGAUAUUGAGUUGAUUUUGUUUCUUCUGAAAAGCGUGGGUUUUUCCUUAAGAAAAGAUGAUCCGUUGGCUUUGAAGGAACUGAUCAGUGAAGCGCAGAGCAAAGCAAACACAGUAGAGAAGAAACUUCAGGACCAGACUAGGGUUCGCUUUAUGCUAGAGACUAUGUUGGCCCUGAGGAAUAACGAUAUGCGUAAGAUUCCUGGUUAUGAUCCUGAACCAGUUGAAAAACUCCGCAAAUUGCAAAGAACGUUGGUUCACAACAGUGGUUCCGGAAAAGAAACUCAACUCCGUGUCUCCCUGGAAUCUCUCCUCAAUGCCGAUAAGGUCGGUCGCUGGUGGAUUGUAGGCUCGUCCUGGAGUGGAGCACCGAUGAUAGAUGGUACCAACAGCAAGACUCAGCAAAAGUUGCGUAUAGGAAAGGUAAGUUCAAAGAUAAUGGAGCUUGCCCGUAAGCAGAGAAUGAACACUGAUAUCAGAAGAGGUAUAUUUUGUGUCUUGAUGACAAGUGAAGAUUUCCUGGAUGCCUUUGAAAAGCUUCUAAAGCUUGGACUGAAAGAUCAGCAGGAGAGAGAAAUUGUUCAUGUUAUCCUUUACUGUUGCUUACAGGAGAAGACGUAUAACCCUUUCUAUGCUUUUUUGGCUAGCAAGUUUUGUGCAUAUGAAAGACGAUUCCAGAUGACAUUUCAGUUUAGUAUUUGGGACAAAAUACGAGACUUGGGAAAUCAGACAACCACCGCUAUCUCCAACUUGGUUUCACUAUUAGCUCACUUGCUAAGGACAAAAUCGUUACCACUUUCAAUUCUCAAGGUAAUUGAAUUCAGCGAGCUAGAUAAACCCAAUGUUCGUUUCUUGCGACAAGUAUUAAGCAUGCUGUUAAUCAAAACAGAUGCUGAAGAUCUUAGUGACAUUUUUGGGAGGAUAUCUGAGAACCCCAAAUUGGGAAUGCUACGGGAAGGUUUGAAGCUUUUCCUUACCCACUUCUUACUGAAAAAUGUACAAGCCCACAAAAGUGGUGAAGAAGCUAGCUUGUUAAAAGAAAGAGCUGAACUGGCAAGCAAAGCUUUGCAAGCAAAAGAAUCCAGACCGAAACUGUAAUUCUGUUUUUCCAAUAAAACAUGUAUGGGAAAAACUAGGUCUGCAUGAAGAUACGAAGCUUUACAUUAGCCUUUCAAACCCAAAUAAUUGAAAGUGAAGGGAACAGUAUUGCUGCUAAGGAUCCAGUGUUUUUUACGUAAACGGAUAAUUUGCUCUAUAUGCUGGUUACAAGUUUGAAGGUGAUACGGGGCCUUUCUGAAGAAAGGGGAAAAUGCUUUUUUGUAGUGUCCCUUUUUUAGUAUAUAUAGUUCAUGUUGGUUGCUAACACCUAGAGAAGAGGCUGAAUUUCUCUUUGAUUGAACUCCCAGUCAGCAGUAGUGUUCAGCAUUGGCUAUUCUAACCUUUCUUUUAAAAUAGUUGUUGUUUUAACGUGUAGUGGUCAGUAUUCUACAGUUUUAACCAAAGCUUUAGUAACUGAUCAUUGUACUUUGAAAAAACAGGCCACUAGGUGGCAUAACCACUGGUGAGUCAGUUUGGAAGAAAUCAACUUUUUUUUAAAAAAGUGUUGAACGUAUCAGCUAAUUCUGUGAAUUAUUUACGUGACUGUGGGUCAGGAAGAGAUCUUCAGUUGGGUUCAAAGUUAAUGUAAAAAGACCUGAGGAUCUGACUUUGCCCAAUUAUACUGGGUUUAAAGAUCACAGCGUUGCCUUUUGCUGUUUUAGCCAGCUUUUCUCAGCUUUAAAAUUGGAGUUGUCAGUCAAUGUUUGUGAUAAUCAGAUUUUACUAGACAUAAAGAAUAUCAGUAUCAAUCUCGUAAUAAGAAAAUACCUCCUCUUGCUUUCACCUUGCACUCAGAUGUUUAAAAAAAGUGCAUUUAUUUGUAUAACAAUACUGAACGGUCUGUUUUGUUGUCUUACAACUACAUAUUAAACUGCAGUUUUCUGA